AUGAAUAUCAUUCCCGAGCAAGAAAAUCCUGCCAAUCCAGUGAGGUCUUUGUUUGUUGAGCCUCCGGUGCCCUGGCCUUGGCCAUGGUGUUUGACCCUGAGUCUUCAAUGGCUGCCUGUCCUGACUGAGGAACUCUGUUGUCAGAAUGCUCUCCACACCCACCCACCUCCCACACACACAGUUGGUGCUGACACGCCGACCGCCUGCUGCUUCUCCUAUGCGGCUAAGAAGAUUCCACGCCCAUACUUAGCUGACUAUCAUGAGACCAGCAGCCAGUGCUCCCAGCCAGGUGUCAUCUUUGUAACCAAGAAGGGCCGGCAGGUCUGCGCUGACCCCAGUGAGGCCUGGGUCCAGGAGUAUAUCAAUGAUCUGGAGCUGAAUGCCUGAGUGACCUGGAAGCGGUCGGGAACCCUCUGAGCCCUGUGGACGCUUAGGGAGCAAGGACCUAAACCUUGGAAACAGCCCUGAAACCUCCACAGCUACCUCUCCUAUGGGAACUUUUAACUUAAAUUUUAAAGUAUUUGUGAUAUUUAAUUUUUAUUUUUAUACUGCAUUUGUAGCCAUUUGUAUGAAAGAUCUCAGAACACUUCUUCACCACCCAUUUCCUCCCCCCUUUUCUCACCCUGUGUUUGGUGACAGUUGAGUGGCUGCAUUCACCUCGCUCUGGGCAGACAUGGUACCAAAGGUGCCAAACUGACAAAUACGUAGUGGAUGCUUUUAUUCUGUGACUGCUGAAAUAAUAA